GCGAUACCAAUUCGCGAUUUUAUUGGGACAUCAAUAAAAAUCUUCCUUGGUGAUCUCUCAAAUUAAAAUUCACAAAGCUCCGGAAAAGUUUUUUUAAGUAAAAAAAACCUCAUAAUUUCCACUCGGUCAAAAAUGAGUUAAUCUGUAUUUUUUAUAUAUUUCCCAUUAAACUAACGAAACCUUUCUAACAUCAGUUUAUCAUCCCCAAAAUGCCACCCAACUGCAAAAACAUGUGCCAAUUUUUGCAUAAACUAUGCAGCUCCACAAAUCACCAUUAGAGAUGUUUACACAAUUCGUCCAAGUAUCCUCAAAUUGACAAUAAAUUUCUUUCAAAAAAUUAAAAUCUCUCAAAAUUUUAUCCACCAUGCCACACUCCAUUGUGUCCUUGGUUUUUUACCCCAUCGUGACCUUUACCCUCCUUCUCCUCCCCCACAGCGUCCUCAACCUCGCUCCAGGCGUCCCUUACACCCCACAAGAAAUGAAAGCCGCCCGUGAAGCUGCACUCAAAUGGCACAACAUUCUCCGAAAAUGGCACAACACGACUUCCAUGACGCUCGAUGAUAAGCUGAACGAAGCGGCCCAAACCGCGGCCAACAAUUUAGUCCCCUUGGGAAAAAUGAAGCAUAACUCGAGCGGCGAAAAUCUCUAUACGGCUAGCCACUCGGGAAACAAGCGCUUCGACGCCACCGCCCAAACUGAGGGUGCCACCAAAGCCUGGUAUUUUGAAAUCUGCGACACAAAAACUUGGCCGACCGGACAGCUCAACCAUUUCACUCAGGUCGUUUGGGCCGACUCGGUUAAAUUAGGAAUCGGUGUAGCGACCGAUAAGGACAAUUCGGCCAUCUUCGUGGUCGGAAGAUAUGAACCGUUUGGAAACUAUGUCGGCGAGUAUGACAUCGGAGUGAAGAAAUUGGUGUGCAAGAAGACCGCGAUUUGCAAUGGGUUGCACCCCAAGGUCAUUUCCGGGGAGAGCGACAACUGUUUGGAGAACAAAAAAGGGUCAGCAGACGAGAUGGAGGACGAGGUGGAGGAAAAAGCUGGGAAAAAGAGUUGCGCCCCGUGGGGAUGGGGGAAAUCGUACCAAUUUUUCGUCUUCGCCUGCUGCCUGGGUGUCAUAAAUUUGCAUAUUAUUGUAACGUAUGAUUAACUAGAGGAACAGAGUUUGCCAAUUUUUGUAUGUAUGCAUACAUAUAUGCAAAGUUAUGUAGGUGUAAAAAAAAUGUAUAAAUCAUCACGAAAUUUUUGCAACAAUAAUUUUUUAAGUAGCCGACCACUUGCAAGAUUUUGCAGUUUGAAUUUACUUACUCGAUUUAAAAAUGUGGUCUUGAGAAAAAAGGAAAAAUUGUAACUUAUUUAGGCUUUAAAUUUGAGAGUGAAAAUAUGGAAUUAUGAAAAUAUGGACAAAUAUUUUUCCUCCAAAUGUGACUCAUAUUAUUUCCCAGGACAAGCUAUAUUUUAUAAUACAGUAUUAUCAUGUAUCUCAGCUUUUGUAAAUAUGCCGAAUUUUUAAACUGGAAUAUAGGUAUAUACAUGUAUGUAUACUGGUAUGAUUUUUCCGAAAUUUAAAUUUGCAAAAAUAUCUUAUUUAUGAAAAAAAUCACAAAAACUGCUCAAAAAUGACAUGCGAAAUUCCCAUUUCCCAUCACAUUUAUUCGAAUCUAUCUAUUUAUUCUUUAGUACAAUUAGCUUAAAAUUUUUUAGUUGACUUUAAAAUUC